UACCGACGGAGCUUUGUAUCGUCGGAAUGUGAACAUCAUGGCGGCCAGAGCGUUGGGUUUUGUUCUGCGCAAAAAUGUUGGAUUUUUCGGCUCGGGCAGACUGUUGGCCGCGAACAACGCAUCGGCGAUUGUCGACAUACAGCAUCGCAAUGCUCACCAGUGGAAUCCCGAUCUGGACUAUCUCAAAGAGAUAAACAAAAGAUUCAUGACGAUAGACGAGGGCGAAUGGAAGAUGCCGCCGAUAGAGUCCAAUCUAACCAUGGAAUCUCUUCCGGAGCAAACCAUACAGAAUGUGAAGUUAAAUUUCGGUCCUCAGCAUCCGGCUGCUCACGGUGUGCUUCGAUUAAUUCUUGAGUUGGAUGGAGAAAUUGUACUUUCCGCGGAUCCUCACAUUGGUCUUUUGCAUCGCGGAACGGAAAAGUUGAUCGAAUACAAAACCUACAUGCAGGCGUUGCCUUAUUUCGAUCGUCUGGACUACGUGUCGAUGAUGUGUAACGAGCAGUGCUUUUCUCUGGCAAUAGAAAAGCUGCUCAAUAUAGAUAUACCUCUGAGAGCUAAGUAUAUUCGAGUUCUGUUCGCCGAAAUCACAAGAAUCUUAAAUCACAUCAUGGGCAUUGGAACACACGCUCUAGAUAUUGGCGCUCUCACACCUUUCUUCUGGCUGUUCGAGGAGCGCGAAAAACUCAUGGAGUUCUACGAACGCGUGAGCGGCGCUCGCAUGCACGCGGCUUAUGUGCGACCCGGUGGGGUCUCGUUGGAUUUGCCAUUGGGUCUGAUGGAUGAUAUAUAUGACUGGGCCUCCAAGUAUUCCGAGCGAUUGGACGAAAUAGAGGAUCUUCUUACGGAGAACAGGAUCUGGCGACAACGUACCAUUAACAUCGGCGUGGUGUCAGCGGAGGAUGCGUUGAACAUGGGAUUCAGCGGCGUGAUGUUACGCGGUUCCGGAAUAAAGUGGGAUCUGAGAAAGGUCGCGCCUUAUGACGCUUACAAUCUAGUUGAUUUCGACGUUCCCGUUGGCACGAACGGCGAUUGUUACGACAGAUAUCUGAUUCGCGUCGAGGAGAUGCGCCAAUCGCUGCGUAUUAUUCAUCAGUGUCUGAAUCAGAUGCCCGAGGGUGAGGUGCGAUGCGACGAUGCCAAAAUAGUGCCGCCGCGACGAGAAGAGAUGAAGACCAGCAUGGAAGCGCUUAUUCAUCACUUCAAACUGUUUACCCAAGGAUUUCAGGUGCCACCCGGAGCGACGUACACCGCGAUAGAGGCGCCGAAGGGCGAGUUCGGUGUUUAUCUCGUAAGCGACGGCAGUAGCAAGCCCUAUCGGUGCAAGAUCAAGGCGCCGGGUUUCGCUCAUCUGGCGAGUCUCCAGCACAUCGGACCGAAGCACUUUCUCGCCGACAUUGUCGCCAUUAUCGGCACGCUGGACGUCGUCUUCGGCGAGAUCGAUAGAUAAGUUUCUUACGAUUGAUAAUAUGUAUAGUGAGAAUUUAUUGAUAUAUAUCUUAUAAAAAAAAAAAUAUCAAUAUGUAAAUUAUUUAGAAACUUUCCAAAACUUGUUGAUAUUUGCGUGCCGCAAAUUUGAUGAGCGGGGGAAGACAAAUAUGCAACUAGCAUAAAACGAUUAUUGUAAAUAUUUCGUCGCAAUAAAAGUGACGAAAAUAUGUGUA